AUGACAGGUGUUAGAGGACGAUAUCGUGCAGGACGCAGUGGUUCUAGACCUAACUCGUCUGGGUUUACUACUGCUUCCACCUCAUCUACUGCAGCACCACAUAUUUCGGGAGAUAUUUCACCAGCCUCCCUCCCAUCAGCAUCUCCUGUUGCUACUCCUGCAGUUACUUCUUCACCGACCCUUCCUGCAGAGUCACCAGUACAUCCAUCAUCUCACUCGACUGCCAGUCAUUUUACAUCCGACCCAUUACAUGUUAUAGAGCAAGAUGGCGAUGGAAGCAUCUUUUGUCGUACAAUAAAUAUCUCCCAUAUUAUAUCGACAAUCUCCAAGAAACGUCUUCAUAAGGAAGGUCAUGUUUGGAAAGAAGUGCCUUCGGAGAUAAAGGGCAUGUAUUGGGAUGAAUUUGUGAAAAUUUUUCAGUGGGAUCCUGCAAUUGAUGCAUUAGUGAGAAGAGAGUGGGCACAAAAAGCAGCGAAACGAUAUAUCGACAACAUUCAUAAGUGGCAUGCCAAUGGAAAACCGAUCUUUGUGCCAGAUGAUGUUUGGGAUAGCUGGAUGCAGAAAUGGGAACAAGAUGAAGCUUUCAAGAAACGGUUUGCACAAGCAUCGCUGAACCGUUUGAGUGAGACAGGUGGCCUUGGGGCUGGUCCUUCCCGUCAUACUGGGGGUUCUAUAUCUUCAGCAGAGCAUAAAAGACGAAUGGAAAUGUAUGGACAGUUGCUAGAGCAAGCAACUCAACCAAAUGAAGGGUCUGAGGAGCCUCAGCAGCCAGAUUGCGAUCAGAUAUUCAUCCAGGCUGCUGGGGGGAAAAAUAAGAAGAAGAGGAUUUACGGCACGGGAUCUUUAUCCCAAUCAAAAUUUUCUGACGUUGGCAGCUCAUCCUCUGUCUCAUCUAGUCUUAAUGAAAACCCAGUUAUACAAGAAAUGACAGAGAAAUUAAAAGUGCAGUCAGACCAGAUAAAUUCGCAGGCGGAGCAGAUAAAUUCACAAGCAGAGCGGAUAAAUUCGCAGGCGGAGCAGAUUAAUUCGCAAGCUCAUGAGCUGAGCGAUGUUCGACGACAGAUGUUUGAGAUGCGAUUUUUGAUUGAACAACUUACUGCAUCUACUCGUGGUAUUGUUCCUUCUUCUUCUUCUUCUCAGCCACAAUCGACUUAUUAA